UCUAUCAAACUGUAAUAACAACAAUAAUAAACGGAAGCAAUAAUUUUUCCGUCAAUCUCUUCUCUGCUACGAAAUCGCAAGUCAAUCGGGGAAGUAAGAGAAGAAAUAAACUGUUCAAUUUCUGAAAACCCUUAUCAAUUCAUUCCUUAAUCUCGCAAACAAAGAUGUCAACUGAGGAAGAAGGAAAGAGCAAAGGUCUCUAUAGUGGUGGUAGUGGUGAUCAACAGUCACCGCCAUCAGCACCACCUCACUAUGGUACUUUCCAAGGACUUCCUCCUUCUUAUCCCCAACAGCCUUCAAUUGGUUACCCUCAGCCUGUUCCACCUCCAGGUCUUACUGGGGCAUCUCCUUACUACCCUCAUGGUUACCAGGGUAUUCCAGGUUAUGUUGUUGAAGGAACACCUGUGGAUGAACAUCGACAUCGUCGUCUCCCUAUAUGUGGUUGCGGGGUUGGUUGGUUUCUGUUCAUAAUUGGUUUCUUUACUGCCGCCAUUCCAUGGUACUUUGGUGCUUUCAUUCUGCUUUGUGUCAGAAUUGAUCAUAGAGAGAAACCAGGACUGAUUGCGUGCACAAUUGCUGCUGUUCUAUCUGCUGUUGCCAUUGUUAUUGGAGCUUCUAGUCAUUGAUCGACUUCUUUCCUCCGUCCUGGCGAUCCCUUGACAGAGGAGGUUGGAGUUGUAUGGACUGCAAUACGGAUGUAUAAGUGUGUAUGACAUAAUGCAGGUGGUGGUAUUUAUUUAAUUGAGUUGUUAAGCUUGUGAUGGUAGUAGAUGUUUACUAGAAAGAUACUGCCUUGCAACGAUGAAUUUUUAAGUAUCUAAAGUCAUCCAUAUUUGUUUAUAUAAAGUAUACAAAAUGUAUUUUACUAGUCAUUAAGUUCAAUUCUUAGCAGGGUAAGGUUAGUGAUCUUAUUUAUCUAAAGUCAUA